CGCCACCUGCUGGUGUUUCAAAGAACUGCGACCGGAACCGAUCCACCGAGCUCUGUUACCGCCGAGGCUGCGCACCACCCGGAACUGUGGCGGAUGCAGACAUGGCGGCUCCCGGGCUGGAGUUACUGUUCUCCCUGGAGUCUCGGGGUUUCUCCAAACCUCAGGACCCGCUGAUCUGCUUCAUCCACUGGGAGCUGGUCAGCAGCGGCCUGCACUGCUUCGGGAGAGGGGAGAAAGCCGGUGAGCAGGACACGGGAUCCGAGCGGCUCCCCGAUGGUUGGGGGGACAAUAAAGAGCUUUACACCCUGCGCUACGGGACGGACGCCUCCAGGUUCCUGCUCAAAGCACUGACUGUGGAAGGGACCCUGAUUGUGAAUAUUAUGGACCUCCGGAGCGAGAAGGUGUGCGACCUGACCCUGGACGUGGCCGUCUACGUGGACAGCGCUCACCUGCAGCAGUACGACAGGGUAUACAAAAGCCCCUCUCAUUUGAGACGUCUGCUCCAUUCCGAUCUUAUUGCCCCUCUGCUGGGCACCAAGGAGGAGAGAAAGGCAUCAUCUGAGCAAGAGCAAGGACCCCCCAACCGUGACCCACUGAGGGUCCCUCCCAGGGUUACGGGUGGCUGGAGGACCCCUCCGGGAGAUCUCCCGUACGGUGCAGCAGAUCUGGAUCCCUUGGGUGGCCGCUCUGGAGGGAUGAUCAUGGACCCUUUCCACGCAGGACGCUCACGACCCAGAAUUGACCCUACGAUGGGCUUCCCCCCCGGAUCCGUGCCGCCGGGGGCCCGCUUUGAUCCCUUGGGGCCUUUAGGGGCUAGACAACCAGGGCCGGACCCCGACCACCUCCCCCCCCCGGGGUACGAUGACAUGUUCAUGUGAAGACGCUUGUCUCGGAGACGUUUGAGGCGUCUGCUCGCUGUUGCUUCUGGAAUGGGAUCCCCCGUUGGGGAGUCUCUUGUGUUUUCGGGUGUAGAUUGUUUUCGGGGGGCCGGCUUCUCUAAUGCUUCAGGCGCUUGUUUUCCCGCACGUUCUGUCUGCUGUCUGAGGCGGUAGGUGCUCGGCGGGGGUACUCGGCCGUCUCCAUGGGAACGGUAUGGUCCACCAGCGACAUUAACCUGUAUUCGUUAUAGUUUUUCUGCAGCCCAUAAAUCCCCCCCGAGACCCUGCAGCAUCUGGUUACAGAUCGGCCAGCAGAUUUAAUAAUUCCUUCAUUAAAUCGGGUGAUCAGAUUCCCGGCUCCUGACCCGCUGGUGAAGAACCCGGAGGCCGGCCACAGAUUUAUGCUUUAUUGUUAUCAGACAUUAAUUUUUCAGUCUAAAAAAAGCAAAAUUUGAGAAUGUUUGGGUGUAUUUUUUUUCUUUAUAAAUAAAGUUUAAAUAUAAGCAAUAAAA